AUGUUUGCCCCCAACUCGUUGUCGCUUCCCGCCACCUUUGCUCACGAGCAUCGUCCUCUCCGUUUGACAUCCGAAAGUGCACGCCCUCUUCCUACUGGCGAAUGUCGAUAUCCAUCGCAUCCUUCUACACCAAAUCAACAGUGCUCAUGUCAGUCCUUCCAUCACAACCGAAGCGCCCCUGGAAACAUUUGUGAUUGCGGCCACCAAGCAUGCUAUCACGUCCACGACACCACCAUCGAUAAGAAACAAACCCUUGAUACCAUCCUAGAAAAGCAGGGUGACAAGAUCAAGCGUUUGGAGGAAACCAUCCAGAAUGAACGUGGAAAUCGAGAAACUGCCCUUCAGAGAGAACGGCAGAUGUGGGAGAGAGAGGUUCGGAUCUUGCGUGAAGCCCUAGCACGCUUCUACCAAAGUGAGAAGGAGAUGUUUAAGAAGCUCCAUGACAUCGAGGACAAGGUUGAAAGCAACUACGAUGAACAGCUCCGUUUGAGAGACCGUGUUGUUGCCGCUGACGACGCCGCCAUCUCCACGGAGAAAAGGCUGGAGGAAUUGGAAGGCGGGCGUGCGAAAAGAAGGCGACUGGGCCUCCGUACCCAAGCGCCAGAGGAACCAACACAGAAUGGCCAUACUUCACCUGAUACCAUGAGACGAGUAUCUUCAAGCGUGGACGAAAGAUCCGUCCACACCCCUUCUUCAAGGGCAUUGUCACCCAACAGCCUCGCCCCAGUUCUUCCAGAAGCAGAAGAACCUCGCUCCAGUGGCAUUCUCAACCUCGUGGAACUACCACGGCCCACAUCUCUCAACACAUCCCAACGCCAGCCCACCGCACAGGAAGAGCCCAGAUCAAGCGGAUUCCUGAACCUCGAUCUUGCAGAACGACACGGUCAGAAGGCCUUCUCUGACCACGCACCGGCCGGUCUCCAUCAUGCUGCUCGCACCACAUCUCCCCAUCAUGAACCAAGUCCGCCCAGCUAUGCGAACUCUGACCCGGGUGUUUUGAGACCCGGUCGCACUCCCCCAAAGGUUGAAUCCGGCAAAGAACCGGUGAUCAAUGUCAUGGUUCUCCCUGUGGACGGUUCUCCCCGAAAAAGAAAACACCCACUUGACCAUAUUGCCUUGGAUGUGCUCGCAGAUGUCACCAUGGCCAGUCCACUCAUUCACUGA